CUCCAAGCCCUCGGUCUCCAUACAGAAUUACUCCCAGCCAGUGCGCACUGUUGGUCUGUCACUGUCGCGGAGAGCCGAACAACUUAGGUUCUUCUCUUCCCUCACGUUACCCUCCGUCUUUAAAAUUCCUCAGGAUACUCUUCUUUUUUUGAGUGCGUGAGUGUGUGCGGUGAAGGCUGCUGACGGGACGUGAUGUAGCCCCCGCACAGAAGGACGCCUUGUGCCAUUAAAGGGAUGUAAGGGACAGCAGCAGCCGUGGAUAUAACACGAGGAACCUGCCGUUUCAGUCGCGACAUCACCUCGGAUUGUGGACGCACAGCAAAUUGAGCCCGAGCGUGUUUGUUUCCCCCCCCCCCUUUUUUUUAUUACAAGGAUAUUGAACGCAGCGACACGAGACAACAGUUUGGAUCCGUUGUUGUCUCUCCUCGAGCCCUUUCGUCAAGUCUGUUCCUCGCGCACAGUGCGUAAGGACGGUGUCCAGCCGUGUACAGACACUUGAGAGAGAAAACGUACUUUGGAUGAAAGGACGUGACAUAUAUCCUCCUUUUCUCCAGUGAUUUCUAAACCCGCGGACAGACCAUGGUUUUAUUUUCUGGCAUGUGAUAGACUGGAUCUGUGAGGAGCAGACUCGAGAUUCACACUCCUUCUCAUAAGAUCUUGGAAGGCACCAGAGCAACAGGACUUGGUUUUGUGUGAAGAGUGGAACAGUGGAGGGAACCGUGUCCUAAAGGAAGCAGCGGAUUCGGGCAUUCACCACGAAAACACUGAGCACUGAACUCACCUGGGAACUUCAGCAGGGGGCGGUAAGAGGAGGAGGCCAUGUGGACCGCACGCCUGCUUGUUCUUGCCAGCCUCUUUGCACCAGCCGCUCUGGCAUUCAGUCGAGCACCCAUCCCCAUGGCAGUGGUGAGAAGGGAGCUGUCGUGCGAAGGUUACCCCAUCGAACUGCGCUGCCCAGGCACUGACGUCAUCAUGAUCGAGAGCGCCAACUACGGCCGCACUGAUGACAAGAUCUGUGACGCAGACCCCGCACAGAUGGAGAACACAAGGUGUUACCUGCCAGAUGCAUACAAGAUCAUGUCUCAAAGAUGUAAUAACCGAACCCAGUGUGCUGUUGUGGCCGGACCAGAUGUAUUUCCUGAUCCUUGUCCCGGAACCUACAAAUACCUGGAAGUCCAAUAUGAAUGUGUACCUUACAAAGUGGAACAAAAAGGCCCCUCAGUAUUCCUGUGCCCAGGGCUUCUGCGCAGAGUGUACCAGAGCGAGCACCUCUUCGAAUCGGACCACCAAUCUGGAGCCUGGUGCAAAGACCCUCUCCAAGCCUCUGAUAAGAUCUACUACAUGCCGUGGACGCCGUAUCGCACGGAUACACUGACCGAGUACUCCUCCAAAGAAGACUUCAUAGCCGGAAGGCCAACAACAACCUACAAACUCCCACAUCGUGUCGACGGCACUGGCUUUGUGGUCUACGAUGGGGCCCUCUUUUUCAACAAGGAGCGCACACGCAACAUUGUCAAGUUUGACCUGCGGACUCGUAUAAAGAGUGGCGAGGCCAUUAUUGCGAACGCCAACUACCACGACACGUCUCCAUACCGCUGGGGAGGGAAAUCGGACAUCGACUUGGCUGUUGAUGAAAAUGGCCUUUGGGUCAUCUAUGCCACUGAGCAGAACAACGGACGGAUCGUCAUCAGCCAGCUUAAUCCCUACACGCUACGCGUCGAGGGAACCUGGGACACGGCUUACGACAAGCGCUCGGCCUCCAACGCCUUCAUGAUCUGCGGAAUCCUGUAUGUGGUGAAGUCGGUGUACGAGGACGAUGACAAUGAAGCAACAGGGAACAAGAUUGACUACAUCUACAACACAGAACUCAGCAAAGAUGGCUUUCUUGACAUUCCUUUCCCCAACUCUUACCAGUACAUUGCCGCUGUGGAUUAUAAUCCCAGAGACAACCUGCUGUAUGUUUGGAACAACUACCACGUGGUGAAGUACUCCCUUGACUUUGGCGCAUUGGACAACAGACUCGAAACCUCCUCCUCUGUCAUGGUAUACAUGGACACAACGACCACAACAGCGAGGACCACCACUCGACCUACCACAGUUACCAUGACAACCACUGCAGCCAGGACGACAACCACCAAGAUGCCUGCCACAACAGCUGCGGUGGCUCAGUGGCCGAGGACGACGACGACAGUGGUGGCCCCAGUCCAGACGCUCGUAGAGGGUUUGGUCCCCGAAGACGAAGACAGAGCGCCGCCCUCCUCCAAGCUUCCCAACAUCAGGGUGGAGUACUGCAAUCCACUGGUGAUGAUGGACAUCUCUUGGCCGAAGACCAAGCAGGGUGUAGUGGCCAAGAUGCUCUGUCCACCUGGAACCAUAGGCGUGGCCUCAUACAUGUGCCUGGGCCCAGAGGGAUACUGGGACCCCCAGGGACCUGACUUCAGCAACUGCACAUCCCCGUGGGUCAACCUCAUCAGCCAGAAGAUAAAAGCCGGGGAGACAGCUGCAGUCAUUGCGAGGGAGUUGGCAGAGCAAACCAAGAGUAAUCUUCAGGCGGGGGACAUCACCUACACAGUGAAGGCCAUGGUUCAGCUGGUGGAUCUCCUGGAUGUGCAGCUGAGGAAUCUCACGCCAGGUGGCAAAGACAGCGCAGCCCGCAGCCUCAACAAGCUGCAGAAAAGAGAGCGCUCCUGCCGGUAUUAUGUUCAGGCCAUGGUGGAGACAGUCAACAAUUUGCUGCAACCACAGGCCCAGGCGGCGUGGAGGGAGCUGAGCACUGGGGAGCAGCUGAGGGCCGCCACCAUGUUGCUGGACACGGUGGAGCAAGGGGCCUUUGUCCUCGCUGACAACCUGCUGAAGACGGACAUUGUGCAAGAGAACACUGACAACAUUCAGCUGGAGGUCGCAAGGAUGAGCACAGAUGGAAAUUUGCCUGAUCUGAAGUUCCCUCAAACUGGAGGACAAGGCAACGCGAUCCACCUCUCUGCAAACACGCUAAAGCAGCACGGACGAAAUGGUGAGAUCCGUAUAGCAUUCGUUCUGUACAAACACAUCGGGAUCUACCUUUCCACGGAAAACGCCAGCAUGAAGUUUGGCAGUGAAGCCAUGGCUACGAAUUACUCCGUCAUUGUCAACUCACCUGUAAUCACGGCUGCCAUCAACAAGGAUUCGAACAAAGUCUACCUUUCUGACCCGGUCAUUUUUACCAUCAGACAUCUGCAGCAAUCUAAGGAGAGCUUCAACCCGAACUGUUCAUUCUGGAGUUACUCUAAGAGAACAAUGACCGGUUACUGGUCGACGCAGGACUGUCGUUUGCUUGGCACUAACAGGACACACACCACGUGCUCCUGCACCCAUCUCACCAACUUUGCUGUUCUGAUGGCUCAUGUGGAUGUCAAGCACGCAGAUCCUGUUCAUGACAUGCUUCUGGAUGUCAUUACGUGGGUCGGGAUCCUCCUGUCCUUGGUUUGCCUGCUCAUCAGCCUCUUCACCUUCUGCUUCUUCCGUGGCCUCCAGAGUGAUCGUAACACCAUCCAUAAGAACCUGUGCAUCAGCCUGUUCAUUGCUGAGUCCCUGUUCCUCGUGGGCAUCAAUCGGGGUGACCAGCCGAUUGCUUGUGCUGUCUUCGCCGCCCUGCUCCACUUCUUCUUCCUGGCAGCCUUCACAUGGAUGUUCCUGGAGGGCGUGCAGCUCUACAUCAUGCUGGUGGAGGUGUUUGAGAGCGAGCACUCGCGCCGCCGCUACUUCUACCUGGUGGGCUAUGGAGUUCCUGCACUGAUUGUGGCUGUUUCAGCUGCUGUGGAUUACCGCAGUUAUGGCACAGACCGAAUUUGCUGGCUUCGCCUGGACACCUACUUCAUUUGGAGUUUCAUAGGACCAGCAACCUUGAUAAUUAUGCUCAAUGUAAUCUUCCUGGGCAUCGCUCUCUACAAGAUGUUCCAUCACACUGCCAUCUUGAAACCAGACUCCGGUUGCCUGGACAACAUCAACUACCGUUAUUAUGAUGGAUGUGUUAUUGUAGAAUGGCACUGCUAUCAGGAUUAUGAACCUGAGAUCAAAUCGUGGGUGAUUGGGGCCAUUGCCUUGUUGUGUCUGCUGGGCCUGACCUGGGCCUUUGGCCUGAUGUAUGUCAACGAGAGCACGGUGGUCAUGGCGUACCUGUUCACCAUCUUCAACUCCCUGCAAGGGAUGUUCAUUUUCAUCUUCCACUGUGUCCUGCAGAAAAAGGUGCGUAAGGAGUAUGGAAAAUGCCUGCGGACUCACUGCUGCAGUGUGAAGAGUGUGGACAACUCCAUUGGCUCAGUGAAAGGCACAGCGUCUCGUGCUCCAGGACGUUACUCUACAGGGUCACAGAGCCGCAUCCGUCGAAUGUGGAAUGACACAGUCAGAAAACAGUCCGAGUCUUCCUUUAUGACUGGAGACAUCAACAGCUCUGCAUCACUUAACAGAGGGGCUAUGGCUAACCAUCUUAUACCAAAUGCACUCCUACGUCCUCAUGGCACUAACAAUCCCUAUAAUGCAUUGCUUGGGGACUCGGCAGUCUAUAACAACCCUCUGGGCAUGUACAACACACAAGAGCCCUACAGAGAGACAAAGGGAAUCCUGAACAAUGCCCGGGAUACAAGUGUCAUGGAUACUCUACCACUGAAUGGUAACCAUGGCAACAGCUACAGCAUUGCCAGUGCCGAGUACAUGAGUGACUGUGUCCAGAUCAUUGACAGGGGCUAUAACCACAAGGAGACCACCCUGGAGAAGAAGAUCCUCAAAGAGCUCACCUCCAAUUACAUUCCCUCGUACCUCAACAAUUCCCACGAGCGCUCAACUGAGCAGAAUCGCAACCUCAUGAAUAAACUGGUCAAUAAUGUUAGCAAUGGUGGCAAGGACAGUGGCUAUGGGAUGGGUUUGGGAUUGGGGAUGGGGAUGAAUGUUGCGCUGAGUCUGGAUGACCACACGACCUUUGGUCCACACCAUGACGAAGGCCUGGGCCUGGAGUUAAUCCGCGAGGAGUCGAACGCCCCGCUGUUGCCUCAAAGACCGCCCCCUUCCCUGCAGGCAGUGGACAACCUUCACAGUCACCUCCACCAGUCGGCGCCGCCUCCCCUGCCACUGCCCCACCACCCUUUUGCGUCCGCUACCACUUCCUCCUCUUCUCGAAGGAGGAUCCCGCAGGAGAACAGUGAAAGUUUCUUCCCCUUGCUCACGAACGAGCACACCGAGGACGAGGGCUCGUCACCCACCCACAACCACCAGAGAGACUCCCUGUACACCAGCAUGCCCAUGCUGCCCGGCCUGUCCGACGUGUCCGCAGAAGCUGCUGACAGCUCCAAGGAUGCCAAGAGCCCCGAGGCCAGCUCAGACGACGUCUACUACAAGAGCAUGCCCAACUUGGGCUCACGUAACCAUCUGCAUCAGCUGCACUCCUACUACCAGCUCGGGCGGGGCAGCAGCGAUGGCUUCAUCGUGCCCCCAAACAAAGAGGAUCUAUCUCCAGAAGAGGCCCCCCAGGAGCCCUCCCACCUGGUCACCAGCCUAUAGGCCCAAACACCUUCCCCUAAAAGUACCCCCUU